AUGGCGUGGAGUGUUCUUCCACGUCAGAUGGGACGGAACAACCACCACCACGAUGGAGGGCAAGGCGGCGGCGGCGACGGCGACGGAGACGACGACGACGACCAGCUGGAGCAAGAAGACGAAGGCGGCGGGGAGGAGUUCGACGACGUGGCCACGGAGAACGGAGGGGGCGACCCCCCCGAUGCCGGGGUCGAUGAAGAGGAGGAAGAAGAGGAGGAAGAAGAGGAAGAGGAGGAGGAGGAGGAGGAGGUGGAGGAAGAAGCAACUCAGCAACACCCGCACCAAUACGGGGAGGGCAACGGCGGCGGCGGUGGAGGAGGAGGAGGAGGCGUUUUUGACGACGACGCAGAGGCGGGAAGCGGGGGGAGCUCGCCGCCGCAGCCGCCGCCAGUCGCCGCGGUGUAUAUGGUCGACCAGGGGGGGAACGGCCAGGAGGUCCUCCCCGGGAUGGAGGAGGGGGGGGAGGAGGGGGAAGGUGGAGAGAACGGCCAGUGGCCAGCGGAGCAACAGGGCGAGCUAGGGUACAACGAUUUCAAUGAAAACGAUCCCAACCAAGAGAACAUGGACAUGGUGGCAGCAGCCGAGCAGGAGGAAGAGGAGGAGGAGGAGGAGGAGGAAGAGGAGGCUGAGGAGGGCAUCGUUGAGCCGAACGGGGCGGUGAGGAGGUGGUAUGGCGGGCCGACGGCUGGCGUGUCGGGACCCCCUGCUGCGGAGACCCUGGACCAUGUUGGCGACAACCGCGUAGUCUUCGUGGGGGACUUCGCUGUUCUCGACGGGAGGGGAGGAGCACUCAUGUGCAACGAUCGCCAGCACAGCCACACGGUAACCGACAGGAAGGGGUGGGAGUGGAGGCUCAUGAUCAUGCCGAACGGGAACAGCUCGGAGAGCUACGGGAACCUGAGCGUGUUCGUGGAGCACGUGAACAAAGAUCACUUGAAAGACCAGAACGCCGACUUCGGGUACCCUCGUUGCUGGGCACGGGCGGUGGUGCUCGACAGGGGGGCUAGGGACGUCUACAUUCGCAACGGCCACAUUCGCAUCAGCACGUUCAUCGAGGAUGUGGCUGACUCGAAGGUGCCGCUGAGCCACAACAGCAAGAAGGAGACGGGAAUGGUCGGACUCAAGAACCAGGGGGCUACCUGCUACAUGAACAGCCUGCUCCAGACGCUGUACCACGUGCUCUCGCUUCGCCGAGCGGUGUACGACAUGCCGACGGAGGAGGAAAACAGCGUGACGAGCAUGGCGCUGGCCCUGCAGAGGGUGUUCUACCGACUCCAGACAAGCAGUAAGAGCGUGGGGACCAAGGAGCUCACGAAGUCCUUCGGCUGGGACGCGUAUGACUCCUUCACGCAGCAGGACGUGCAAGAGCUGAACCGCGUCCUUUGCGACCACCUGGAGGACAAGAUGAAGGGGACGCCAGUGGAGGGAACCAUUCAGAGGCUCUUCGAGGGCACCAUCCGGUCGUACAUCCAGUGCGUGGACGUGGACUUCACCUCGGCGAGGGUGGAGACGUACUACGACAUCCAGUUGGAUGUCAAGGGCUGCAAGGACAUCCACGAGUCGUUCGCCAAGUACGUGGAGGAAGAAGUUCUGGAUGGGGACAACAAGUACGACGCAGGGGAGCAGCACGGCAGGCAGGUGGCCAAGAAGGGGGUGAGGUUCCUCCGCUUCCCGCCGGUGCUGAACGUGCACCUGAAGCGGUUCGAGUACGAGAUGACGACCGGGACCAUGGUGAAGGUCAACGACCGCUUCUCCUUCCCGAGGGAGAUGGACAUCGACCAGUACCUAGGGGAGGAGGCCGAGCGGGACCCCCAACGGCCGAACCGGUACAUCCUUCACUCCGUUCUGGUUCACUCGGGGGACGUCCACGGGGGUCACUACUUCGCCUACAUCAGGCCCGACGGGAGGGUGAAGGGGGGGCAGUGGUGCAAGUUUAACGACGAAGUGGUGACGCAGGUGGACGAGUCGGAGGCGAUAGAGGGCAGCUACGGCGGGGGCCCCGACGUCCUCGAGGAGAGAUUCAGAGAUACCCACACCUUCUUCCCGAGAGACGUGGACAGCGACGGCGGUGGUGUCGUUGGCAGGGGGUGGGCGGUCGGCGGGGACAACACCUCGGCCUACAUGCUGGUCUACGUGAGGGAGUGCGACCUGCCCAAGACUAUGUUGGACCUGACCAGCUCCGAGGACAAUGGUAUCCCGCAACGUCUCCGAGAGCGUUUCGUGAAGGAGGAGGAGGACCAGCUUCGUCGCUUCAUCGAGAAGAACGAGGCGCACUUGUACUUCACUCUCAGGGUGGCGAGAGAUCCCGACCUGAAGGGUCUGAGAAUACUCAUGUCGGAGGAGUUCAUCAAGUGGGACAACACCAUGACGGUGAAGGUCAGGAAGAAGGCGCCGGCGGAGGAGCUGUCGAGAGUGGUGGCGAAGGCCCUGGGCAUCCGGACGGACCGGUGCCGUUUAUGGGUGUGCUGCUCUAGGGAGAACAAGACCUUCCGACCGGAGUCGGCGUUCCAGGGACCGUUCCUUGCCCACGAGACGGUCGAGAGUGUGUUCAGCAUCACGGGUCCGCCGAGAACGAUCGGCGGGGUUGAAAUUUACAGCGUCUUCGCCGACGAGGUGGGAAAAUACGCAGCCGUCGGGGUGACGGACAACCCCCUGAUGGAUGGGAUCUACCGCGGGACUGUCGGCACAGACGGGGCUAUCAAAGUCAUUGACAGCAAGCAGCAGUGCAGCGGCGGCGGCGGCGUCAACAAGGAGGGCAAGGGCGGAGGGGCGGGGCGGGAAGCCGGCGACCGCGGUGUGGGGGAGUCUCACGAUGCCAAGCGGUUACGAUUGGAGAGCGCCGGCAGAAAUAACGGGGCUAGCGGCGUCAAGAAGGAGGGGGCCGGCGGAGGGGAAGAGGAGGAGGAUGACGGGGGGGUUGGUGUGGAUGGGCUCACGGCCGAAGAGCGACGAAAGAAGCUGGAGAAGGAGGACGAGGAGUUACAGGUGGACAAGGUGCGGCUAGGCCAGGCGUAUCCGCUGAUCGACGUGAACGAUGUUCUCAUCUUCCUCAAGCUGUUCGAUCCGAACGGCCUCCCGCUGCCGCACCUGACGUACGUGGGGCACACUCUCCUUGCCGGGGAUGCCUCUAGCGAGAUAAUCGCCGAGGAGGCAAUCCGGCUGUCCGGGUUGCCGCCUUCAACGCCGAUCGACUUGUAUGAACAGGUGACGCCGAGGGUGGUGAACAAGGUGCCCCAGGACAAGACCCUCAGCGAGAACGAGCUCCAGCACGGGGACAUAAUCCUCUUCCAGAUACGCCCGGACAAGGUCGUGAAGCCCGAGGGCGAGGAUAAGAUGGACGUAGAAGGGCAAGACCAACCACAGCAACAGCAGCAACCGGGAGUUGGUGGAGGCGAAGCAGGCGCCGCCGCCGCCGCCGCCCCCGCCGCUGCUGCCGCCCCCGCCGCCGCUCCCGAUGGAGCUGGAGCCGGGGCUGAUGCUGCCGCCGCCGCCAUUGCCGCCGCCGCUGCGGGAGCAGGCGUAGCAGGGCAAGGCGGGGGGGGGGCUGGUUCGGUGGCAUCCCCGGAAGGAGCGGGGGUGGCGGCAGUAGCAGCAGCAGCAGGAGCGGCGGGGCCGCAGAAGGGGGCGGAGGGGGAGGACGUGAAGAGCGGGGCUAGGGUGUGGACCGGGAAGGCGGGGAUAGACCGGGUGCUCUUCGGCGGGACAUGGCGCGUUCCGGGACACACGGAGACCCCUAAGACGUUCCUGGAGCAGAGGUCGGCUCAGCGGGUGGUGCACUUCAUGGGCAGGACGGACCGAGACGGGGUCCUGCUCCCCGAGGGGUCGAUGACGCAGGACGGAAGAAUGCCUGGGGUGUCGGUGGAACUCCCUCGGACGGCGUCACACCGAGAGAUAUUGGAAACCCUUUCGAGGCGCCUGGAGUUGGUGGACGACCCCCUGCUGCUGAGGAUCUCGGCGAUGACUACGGGGGGGAAGCCGCAGUCGUUCCCCACCCGGGUCCACAUGUCAGACCUUGACCUCCCGCAGUUCGCUUUGCACAAGAUCCUUGACGUGAACCAGGGCGCACACCACCACCACACGAUCCUGUUCGAGCUGCUGCCGUUCCCCAUGAACCAGCUGACGGCAGCGACAACCCUGGUGGAGGCCUACUCUUCCGACGCCGUGCUCAAGACCCACUGCCUCUACGCAGCAAGACUCCACGGCAACCUUGUAAUUUUGUGGCGAUGA